ACAUUUUUUGUAUCAACUUAUAAAUGUGUCUAAAUCAGAAGUAAGUGCAUAGGUGUUCAGAACAUUGUGUUCUGUGUUAAUAUGGGCUUCCUUCAAUUUGCCAUGUACUUCUGUUGUUUUCUUUCGUUGUUUAAUGGAAUAGACAAUGCCGCAACACGACAAGAUGUACAAAAUCUCCAUACCCAGCUGUUAACCAACUAUAACAAGGAUUUAAGUCCGAACAGUGCCCAGACGGACCCCGUCGCACUGUAUGUAACAUUCAACUUGUUCUCACUGCAAGAAUUUGACGCUCUUAACGGGAAAUUGUCCAUUCUUGGAUCUUUCGGCCUUAACUGGAAUGACGACAGAAUUGUCUGGAACCCACAACAGCACGGGAACAUUACCGUUUUACCUCUAGCCGAGGCCAAGGUCUGGUUUCCUUUCGCUGUGGUUGGAAAGCCAUACAGUGAAUUAAAACGAAUCGGGGUGGACUUUGUCAGGGUGAUAUACGGGUAUAAUGGAGAUGCCUAUUGGGAGGUUCCUAAUUUGUUUGAGAUUUCCUGCAUGGCCAAUGUUGCGUAUUAUCCUACAGAUCGGCAAAUAUGCGAAAUUUUCUUCAUACCGACAGGAUAUAUUCCAGGUUUCUUUUCGUUGCGUCUUCCUGAAGGUUCAAUAUCUAAAACGAACUUCACCGAAAACGGGAGCUGGAAAAUCCAUUCAUCACAAAUGAGUAUAGAAAAUAUAGCUGAUGGUAGUGAAGUAAUCAAAAUGGUGCUAAAGUUUGAGCGAAGACCACUUUUCAUCAUUCUGAAUUUACUUCUACCUAUAUCAGUAAUAUGUUUCCUAAAUGUAUUCAUUUUCAUUUUGCCCCCUGAGCCAGGGGAAAGGUCUGCGUUUGGUACCACGAUACUUUUGUCUUUGACCGUAUUUUUAUCAAUAGUAUCAGAUAAACUGCCAAGUUCUUCCCAGCCUCAUGUACCUCGCCUCACAAUUUACCUUCUUAUUCAGCUCCUGUGCAGUAGCAUUACAGUAGUGAUGGCCAUAUUUGGACUUCGGAUUUAUAGAAUAGCAGCGGAUCGACCAAUACCUCACUGGAUUCAACGAUUGAUAACCAGUUGUACCCGACAGAAUAAAAUCGGAGAAAUGAAAAGGAAUUCUUUACCUCAUGGUGAAGAUAGUAGUGUUGGUAGUAGUGAACAAUUUUGCAGAAAGACAGAAGCUGGAUAUUUUAUAUAUACUGGUAUCAGUGGAAUAUCCAGAGAUAACCGGAAUGUCAUGUUUAAGAAUAAUACUGCGACUCAACAAAUCAGUGAAAAUUCGUUAGUUCGCUCUGUUUCGCGAACUGGUCAGGAUGACAUAUCAGAUGGACAAGACAAAGAAAACACAGGUCGUCAGUUAACCUGGGACGAUGUUGGUAAAUGGUAUGAUAAGAUUUGUUUAAUAGUUUUCAUUAUUCUCAACUUCUGUAUUAUACUUUUUGAAAUUGUUGAUCUGAUUAUUUACUUGAAAAGUGAAUUCUAACUAGAUAACGAUUUCAUUACCUCCUUUUGUGACAUUGCUUGUAUUCUGUAUGCAUACUACUACUUUGUUGGCUCCUUCCUAAGGUGUUGUACUCGGAGAUUGUAUGGUCAACCAUAAAGUAAUAUUUAAAUAUAAAAUUCAGGUAUAUAAAUGUGAUAUGUUUGAUGAUAGUUAUUGCCUAUCAUCACAUUGGUUGAAUCAUUUAGAAACAUCAGGUCAAUAUAAUACAUAUUCACUUUAUGACGUAAUUUAUGUUGCCACGUCACAAUGCUCUCGGUCAAAUGCAGUACCUUGCAUAUGUUCAAUAUUGUUUAUUGUUUCAUGUCUAAUAUAGCAAUUGGGGAAUUCUAUUUCGGUGAAUAUGUGUUAAAUGGACAUAAAAAUGAUAUUUAACUGGACUCGCUUUAUCCAGUCCAUUUAACCGCAUAUUAACCUCAACAAAAAGUCCUAAAUUGAUACUAGUUACCUAGCAUACUUUUUGCAAGUAAGGCCUAUUGUUCAGUAACGUUAAUGUUGUUUACUUGUACGUGUGACUAAGAAACACUAUAUUUAAUACGUAUAAUUUUAAAUAUUUUCAAAUUUCAUAUGCUUGUAUAGAAGUCAUAUGGUCCACACAAACACAUUUGUCUGAAAAUUAAUGUUGUAUUCUUGUCAAUACACGUUUACACGAUAUUGUUUUUUUGUGUGUGUUGUUUUUAAUCAUUUUAAAAUUAUUGC